CUUUAUUGGAGUUUAUACUCAUUGACACCCGCCAAUCAUUAUCUGCUCCACUUAGGUAACUUUGACUUACAUAACCUUAGCAGCCACACAAUAACCCUGGAUCCUGUUUACCUGUCAAUCAUUUCACAAGGCCCUCCCACACUUGUCACGACCAUCACGAUACUGAUACCACCAAAUGGGAUAAAAUCUGGGAACUAGAUCAUUUGCAAUUGUGAAGUCGACCAACUCAUACACAAAAUCAACAAAGUCACAUACAGAAUCAUGAGUUUUAGAAAUACCACAGACCAUCGCUUGAAUUGCGUGAGAUUGUUGGACAACCAUAGUGCGAUCACUAAACAAGUGACCAUUGAUGGCGACAAACUUACGCUCCCAGAAGUAUUUGAAGUAAGCCGCAACAAGAACGUCCAAGUUCAAGUGAAAGAUGACAACAAGGAAAAAGGGAUGCAGAAUGGCGCCAGCAAAGAGGAUGUCACAGAUCAAAGGCGUUUUUUCCAAGUUGGUAUGGGUCGCAACCUCCCAACGGAGAUGGUCAGAUCAGCCAUGUUGGUGAGAGCCAAUCACAAUUGCGCAAGUGAAGCAGGAAUCAAAGGAGAAGCUAUCAAACUCCUUGUCGAACUUCUCAACAGAAACAUCAUCCCCAAUGUCCCCGAAAGAGGGUCUACCUCAGCCACUGGUGAUCUAGUCCAGAUGACAUACGUGGCCUCGUGCUUGGCUGGCAACGCUGAUGUUUACGUUAAUGAUAAUGGUGAACGUAAAUCUGCAGAUGAAGCCCUCAAAGACGCCGGUUUGAAGCCAGUUACUUUGACCCCGAAUGAAACCGUCAGCUUGAUCAACUCUGAUGCUUUCUGUACUGGUAUCGCUGCUUGUGCGGUUUACAACGCUAACAUCAUGGCAAUGUUGACCCAGGUUGCCACAGGGAUGGCGGUCGAGGCUCUCUUUGGGCGCACAGAAUCAUUCCACCAUCUUCUCCACGACUGUCUUCCACAUCUAGGUCAGAAAGAAACCGGUCGUAACAUGUUAGGCAUUAUGAAGAACACAAAAAUUGCUAUCAGUAUCCUUGAUAUGUACAUCCCAGACGAACCAGGUAAACUGAAGCAAGAUAGGUAUUCACUGAGAAGUUCCCCACAGUGGUUGAGUCCUGUAUUAGAGACAUUAUCACUCGCCACACAGCGGGUCGAAGUUCAGCUGAAUGCCUCAACAGAGAAACCUGUCACUGACCACUGCACUGAUCUUCUGACAGGGGGAAACGCCCAAGGAAUGAUGAUGGCCAUGACCAUGGACCAAACCAGACAAGCACUACAAAUCUGCGGCAAACUCAUAUUCGCACAGUUCCAAGAAGUCGUCAACGAUAAACUAAACUACGGACUCCCACAUAACCUCGCCGGAAGUGACCCCGCAAACGACCAGGGUUUCAUCGGACUUGACAUCGCCAUGGCUUCAUACAUGACCGAGCUGGAUCACGUUACCAACCCAACCAGCAACCACAUCCAAGGUUCAGAAUCACACAACCAGUCCACAAAUUCCAUGGGGCUCUUCUCCGCUAGGCUCACUAUCAAAGCCCUUGAGAUCAUUCGUAUGAUGCUCGCCUCCCACAUCCUCCUUCUUGCCCAGGCGGUUGAUCUGAGAUGGCUCUCAUUUAGAGUACAAGAAAUCCUCGCAGCGCGCGUCGAGAAGAACUCAGGUAUCGCCCGACUUGUCGCAAAGAACAAAUGGUGGAAGUUUGUCUAUCAGGUCGAUAGCACGACGUCAUUAGUAGCAGAGGCUCUACCCGAGGACGAGAGAGAGGCGUUUAUCAACUCUUUGAGAACUGAUCUGAAGAAUAUUAUCGCUGUCGUUGUCUCAUCACCAGCUAAGAUCCAGGCUGACAUGGGAGAUGGUACCUCCAGGUUGUACGGGUACGUAAGAAACACCCUCCAAAUCCCAUUCAACAGAGGCGAGAGAUCCUUGGACGCCAGUGUCUCCAAAAUAUACAACAGCAUAGAGUCACUUGAGAUUGAAUCAGUCAUGCUUGAAGUAUUCAAAAUGAUCGGUUCAAAAGACAUUUAGUGCGAAAUGAUAAAUGGGAUUAAUUCAGAUUUUCAGACUGUCAAUUUAUAACGUCUUAGUGUAAAUACUCCAAACUAUGCGGCAAUGUAAAUAUUUACUUUGUUCUUAAUUCAUCAUGACAAUUUGUUGGUUUGAAAUGUCUGGUCUGUAUAUCGAUGUAUAUAUUGUUCAUAUAAUAAAAUGUAAAUUAUUACAAACUCAGUUAUUUCUUUUAUUUAGUUACUAGCCAGAUGGUUGUAUUUGUACUUAUCACACCCACGUCCACUUAGGUCCCCAUGUGAAGUUUGAAAAUAUGUUUU